CUCAGAGCUACACACUCAUAGCUAAGUUUAACACUGGCAAAGACAGACAUAUUAACAGUAGGGGAGCUACUUUCUGGCCAUAGCCUAUACUGGUUCCUGUCUGUCAGCCUCACGCCUGCUUUUUUGCAACAUUUUCUGUUUGUAUACAGUUUUACCAAAGGAUAUUUUUCUUUUUUUCGGGGGAAGAGAAAAUCAAAAGCUUAUUAUGCAGUCCUGUGCCAGGUGUGGGUUUGUGGUCUACCCAGCAGAAAAGAUCAACUGCAUCGACCAGAACUGGCACAAAGCGUGUUUUCAUUGCGAUGUCUGCAAAAUGGUCCUCACUCCGAAUAACUUUGUCAGCCACAAAAAGAGGCCUUACUGCUCUGUGCACAAUCCAAGAAACAACACGUUCACAAGUGUUUACGAAACUCCCAUCAACAUCAAUGCAAAGAAGCAAAGCAAGGCGAGCAGUGAGCUGAAGUAUCGCGAAGAUGGCGAACGCUUUAUGUCCGGCUUCCACUGUGACAUGAGAUCCAUGGAGUUGGAGAAGGUACGCCUAGCCAGUCAGACGUUGAGCCAGGCCUUUCAGGCUCAGUCUGAGUUCUCACAGCAGCAGAGCUGGUAUUCAGGGAUGGUGACCAACCAGCAAAUCGUGACGAUGUCAGAGGCACAGAAAACCAUCAGUGAUGUAAAAUAUAAAGAGGAAUAUGAAGAGGCAAAAGGAAAAGGCAGCUUCCCUGCAAUGAUCACGCCUGGUUACAAAGCUGUAAAGAAUGCCAAUACUUUGGCCAGUGAUGUAGAAUAUAAAAAAGGGCAUGAAGAAAGAGUUUCAAAGUAUACAACGUUUGUGGAUCCUCCAGAGGUGCUUCUUGCAAAGAAACAGUCACAGAUUGUUAGCGAUUAUGCAUAUACAGAGGAAUAUGAGCAGCAGAGGGGGAAAGGCAGUUUCCCUGCGCAUCUUACUCCUGGAUACAAGAUGUCAAAGAAGGCGGCUGAGCAGGCCAGUGAUAUUAAAUAUCGUCAGAUGUACGAGCAAGAGAUAAAAGGCAAAGCCAGUGCAGAAGCAGCAGCAGCUGAGUUGGUUCAUGCAAGAGAAAAUGCAGAAAACUUCAGCCAGAUUGCCUACACUGAAGAAUAUGAGCAGCAACGAGGCAAAGGCAGUUUCCCUGCUAUGAUCACUCCUGGUUAUCAUCUUGCAAAGAAAGCUCAGGAAAAUGCUAGUAAUCUAAAAUACAAGAAGGAUCUAAACAAGAUGAAGGGCACAUCACACUUCCAUAGUCUGACCUCUCAGGACAAUCUGAGCUUAAAGAAUGCACAACAAAUUAACAAGCUUGUCAGUGAGGUAGAGUAUAAGAAAGAUUUGGAGAACACCAAAGGACACAGUAUUAACUUUUGUGAGACUCCGCAGUUUCGCAAUGCUGCAAAAAUUGCUCAGUUCACCAGUGAUAACAAGUAUAAAGAAAAGUAUACCAGUGAUCUAAAGGGCCACUAUGAAGACUCUGGAUUUGAUAAGAAGACUUUGCACGCCAUGAAAGUGAGGAAGCUGGCCAGUGAUAUUUCUUAUAAACAAGGCCAAGAUCAGGAUCAUGGGGAAUAUAACUACCCAGCCACUCUUACACCAGGCUACAAAAGCCAAAGGAAGCUGGACCCACUGAAAGAUAAGAACUACAGGCAACAUAUUGACCAGGUCAAGUACAAGUCUGUGACGGACACACCCGAGAUUGUAUUAGCCAAGAAAAAUGCUCAGCUUGUCAGCAACCUGAAUUAUAAAGCAGGCUAUGAAAAGACGAAGCAUCAGUACACUUUAUCUCAGGAUCUGCCCCAAAUACAACAGGCUAAAGCCAACGCAGCUUUGUGCAGUGAUAUUAAAUAUAAAGAAGAGUGGGAGAAAACCAAGUCCAAAGCUUGUGAAACUGGUUUGGAUGACCUGAGCGUAAGAGCUGCCAAAGCUUCAAGAGACCUAGCCAGUGACCUGAAAUACAAGGAAUCCUACAUGAAAAACAAGGAAAAAGCUGUCGGGGUCAACAUGAGUGACUCCAAGACUUUGCAUUCUCUUCAAGUGGCCAAGAUGAGCAGUGAUAUUGAAUACAAAAAAGCCUCCAAAGAGAGCCAGGCCCAGUACAGCCUUCCUCUGGACAUGAUCAAUCUGAGCCACGCCAAGAAAGCUCAGGCUCUGGCCAGUGACCUGGACUAUCGCACACAACUUCACGACUAUACCAUCAUAUCCGAUGACAUGAAGGUCCAGCAAGCCAAAAAGGCCUACUGCCAGCAGAGUGAGAACCAGUAUCGUUCAGACCUGAACUGGAUGAAAGGUGUGGGCUGGGAGACGGAGGGAUGCCUCAACAUAGCUCAGGCAAAGAAAGCUGGAGAUUUGCUCAGCGAUGUCAAAUAUCGUCAGAAGGCCGACAAAAUAAGAUUCACCCAAGUGGCUGAUGAUCUCUCCAUCAAACACGCCAAGAAGAGUCAGGAGCUGCAGAGCGAUCUGGCAUACAAAGCAAACACAGAGCAGAUGAUUCACCAAUACACCAUCAAUAAAGAUGAGCCGCUAUUUGUGCAAGCGAAAGCAAACGCUGACAUGCUCAGUGGAAAAGUAUACAAGAGCCAGUGGGAGAAGCAGAGGGAAAAGGGCUUCGAGCUCCGUUUGGAUUCUCUGUCUAUACUUACAGCAAAGGCUAAGACAGACCUGGCCAGUGAUAUUAAAUAUAAGCAGGAGUAUGAGAGAAGCAAAGGCAAAGUGAUCGGGAUUAAAUCAGUCAGCGACGACGCUCAGAUGGCUCACUCUGCUCUGGCCACCAAACUUCAGAGCGAUCACCAGUACAGGAAGAACUACGAGGACACCAAGACUAAAUACAGUGUGUCUCUAGAUAUGCUGAACAUCAGCCAUGCCAAAAAAGCUCAAGAUCUCGCCACGGACACCAACUACAGGACAUUCCUCCAUGAAUACACCACUCUGCCAACAGACAUGAAUGUAGCCUGGGCUAAGAAGGCCUACGGGUUACAGAGUGAUAAACAGUACAGAUCGGACUUGAACUGGAUGAGGGGCGUCGGCUGGGAGGCCUCCAAAUCUCUGGAUGUUCAGCAGGCAAAGAAAUCUUCAGAGCUGGCCAGUGAGAAAAAGUAUCGUCAGGACGUGAGCUCUCUGAGGUUUACCAGUGUUGAAGACACGCCUGAGAUGAUCCAGGCCAAGCUCAGCAAUAAACUGGCUACUGAUAGAUUGUACAGAGAAAAGGGAGAAAACAUAAAGCACACCUACACCGUAAGUGGAGAGCUGCCAGAGUUGGUGCAAGCAAAGAUCAAUGCCAGAAACAUCAGUGAGAGUCAAUACAAGGAAUCCUGGACAAAGUUGAGAGACGGGGGUUACAAACUCAGCCUGGAUGCUAUUCCAUUCCAGUCGGCCAAAGCUUCUGCGGAUAUCCUGAGUGAGGUUAAGUACAGAGAAGAAUUUGAGAAGACCAAAGGGAAGAUGAUCGGUCUUAGGGGGCUGCAGGAUGACCUGAACAUUGCGCAUUCAGUCCAUGCCAGCAAAUUACAAAGUGACAUCACAUAUAAGAAGGACUCAGCGAAGCAGCUUUCGAAAUUCCACCUGCCUAUGGAUAUGAUUGAGGUUGCACACGCUAAAAAGGCCCAGUCUCUGGUCAGUGAUCAAGACUACAGGCUCUCCUUGCACCACUACACCUCACCGCCCGACGACAUGAAGGUCCAGGCUGCCAAGAGAGCGUAUGCACUGCAGAGUGAGAGAGUGUAUCGAUCUGACCUGAAUUACUUGCGAGGUGCAGCCUGGAUCGCCACUGGAGCGCUGCAGAUUGAGGAGUCCAAGAGGGCCACAGACCUCAUUAGUGAUAAAAAGUACAGACAGCAGCCGUAUAAUUUCAAGCACACUUCAGUUACCGACUCCCCAGAUAUCAUCCAUGCUAAACUCAGUGGAAAAAUCACAAAUGAACGUUUGUACAAAGAAAAGGGGAUAAAUGACCAGCACAGAUACACUAUCACAGCUGAGAGACCAGAGAUUGCACAAGCAAAAGCAAAUGCUGCCAACUUCAGUGAGGUAAAGUAUAGGGAGUCCUGGAAUACUCUACGAGCUCAGGGUUACAAGCUCACCAUGCAGGACAUCCCCUUCCAGGCUGCUAAGAGCUCCACAGGCAUCGCCAGUGAUUACCAAUAUAAACACAAUCACCUGCUGGAAAAAGGAAAACACAUUGGGGUCAGGAGUGUGACAGAGGAUCCCUACCUGCUGCACUGCCUGCAGGCGGGCCGUCUGGCCAGUGACCAGGAGUACCGCAGGGAUGCUCUGUCUGACAGCGGCCGUUAUCACCUGACCUCAGACAUGAUCCAUCUGGUGUCGGCUAAGAACGCCCAGGCCCUGGCCAGCGAUCAGGACUACAGGAAGAGGCUGCAUGAGUAUACGGUGCUUCCUGAUGACAUGAAGGUGAAGUGGGCUAAAAAGGCUUACGACUUGCAGAGCGAGAAACUCUACAAGUCAGACCUUAGUUUUAUGAAAGGAGUGGCGUGGGAUGGAGUGGGAGCACCUCAGCUGGAGGCGGCUAAGAAGGCAGGAGAUUUAAUCAGUGAUAAGAAGUACCGUCAGCAGCCAGAUAGAAUCAAGUUUACAUCUGUAGCUGACUCGCCUGACAUUGUCCACGCUAAGACGAGCUAUCAACAGUGCAGUGAGAGGCUGUACAAGUCUGGAAAGAACGACGACAUGCAUAAAUACACUUUACACGCAGAUGAUCCAGACUUUGUCAGAGCAAAGAUUAAUGCUCAGCAGAUUAGUGAUAAAGUUUACAAGGCAUCUGGAGAACAGGUGAAGACGUCAGGCUAUGACUUGAGGUUGGACGCCAUUCCCUUCCAAACAGCCAAGGCCUCCAGAGAAAUUGCAAGCGAUUACAGCUACAAGGAGUCCCACCUGAAGGAGAAGGGCCAGCAGGUGGGGCUCCGCUGUGUGGAGGACGACCCAAAGAUGGUUCACUCCCUGGCUGCAAGCAAGCUCCAGAGCAACCUGGAGUACAAACGUCAAUCCAAGGAGGAGCGCGCCCACUACAACAUACGGCCAGACCAGCCUGAGUUCCUGCUGGCCAAGAAGAGUCAGGCCCAGGCCAGCGACAUCACCUACCGCCGUAAACUUCACGACUACACCUGUGACCCUGAGCAGCUCACGGUCAAACAUGCCAAGCAGGCCUACAAGCUGCAGAGUGAUGUGAACUACAAAUCUGACCUGAACUGGAUCAGAGGAGUGGGAUGGACCCCUCCUGGCUCACACAAGGCUGAGCUCGCCCGCCGGGCUGCAGAGCUGGGCUUUGCUGAGGGAGUUACCACUGAUGAGGCUAUUGCAAAGUACCAGCAUAUGAUGAUGCUGCAUCACCAGCAGCAGAUGGAGCAGCAGCAGAAAGAGCAAGAAACCGCCGAGCAGGUGGCGACCAGUGAGGAGAUUAAGAAAGGCAUCAACAUGGACGCCAUGGAGGUUCUUCACGUAAAAAGGAAGAAGACCAUUCAGACGGUCCAGAAAAAAUCCUCCACAGUUACAACGUCAUUCAGAUCCAUGGAGAAGAAGUCCUCCUCCUCCUCCUCUUCCUCUGCAGUUGCCAUUCAGGAUGCAGUGAAAACAAAUAUCUCCAGUAAAGCCGCCAUAGAAAACCCAUAGUUAUUUUAUUAUUAAUUCAUUUAGAGUUUUACGGAAGAGAAUUAGGGCCACUGGAAAAAAAAAAAA